AUGCUUCGCCCGGCGACGCCCCUGUCGAUAUUAUUCUUCGUAGCCUUCUGCUUGCUGCUGCUGUCAACCAUCUCGACGCCCAUUGUUCCGGCCAUCCCCAUUGCUACCUACCGCAACAUCAACUUUGGCGUGCUGGGCUACUGCCCGGAUGGCGGGAGCUGCAAGGGGCCCAUGAUCGGCUAUGACACUGAGACGUUAUUUCAGGACCAGCCCGACACCGACUUCUCGCUGCCCGCAAGCUCGCGCCAUGCCCUCUCGUCUAUCCUCAUCGUGCACCCCGUUGCCGCCCUCAUGACGCUGAUCUGCUUUGGGCUCGCCGUCGCCGCCCACUUCCAUUCGCCCGCCCACUCGCCGCGCUACCUGCUUGCGCUGCUCAUCUUCACCUUUCCCACGCUCCUGGUCUCGCUGCUAGCUUUCCUGGUCGACAUCUUGCUCUUCGUACCGCACGUAGCCUGGGGAGGAUGGAUCGUAUUGGCCGCCACCGUCAUCAUUGUUGCCAGUGGCAUCGUGACAUGUGCCAUGCGUAGGACGCUGGUCAGCCGCAAGGCACGAAAGAGGCGCAUUGCAGAGAACGACAAUAUGAACGGCCAGGCAUACUACGCAAACCGCCCCAGUGACGCGAGAGUCACCACCGAAUUCCCCAAGGCCGAGUCUCCACCACCCAUGUCGAACGACACAAUGUCAUCUGGAAUGAAGGACAACGAGUACGCUUCGUUUGAGCUCCACAAAACGCGUUCGUCUGAGGAUAGAACGCCGCUAAAUCAACGAAAUCCUUCACUCAAGACAAACAGCAGCGCUGGAAGAGAAGGGUCUGAUCCUAUGGUUACGCCAAUGCGUGGCCCCUCAGGCCGUGGACGACAACCUGUGGACCAGUACGGAAACCCCAUCCCACCAAUGCCCCAGGAUCAGUACAUGAUGAAUGCUGGCCCAGGCGGUCCGGGACGCGGUAGAGGAGGGCCAAUGAGAGGACGAGGCGGAUACACACCACGAGGCGCUCCGUAUGGCGUGCCUGGAAGAGGAGGAUUCGGCGCUCCACGGGGAGGAAUGCGUGGUCCUCCACCACCAGGUUGGCAAGGCGGGCGAGGCGGACCCAUGCGUGGUGGACCCGGUGGAAUGGGCCCUGGCCCCAUGGGACGAGGUGCUCCUCCCCCAGGAUAUAACAACUACAGCCAGGGUCCUUAUAGUCAGGGUCCUCCAUCACGCGAGCAGUCACCUUACGGUCAGGGAAACAGGGGUGCGUCCCCGCAACCUCCUAUGGCAAUUGGACAAGCUAUCGAGAUGGACUCCCGUAUUGGAACACCGCCUGCGAACCAGACCCAGGACCAGAACACCAACUACGGUCUGAGGGAAAGUGACGGGGAUGUUCAGGGUAUGCUGGCACUGCAGCAAGGCGGGUUCCCAGCGAGCUCACCACAACGGAGACCAUCCGAUGGUGUCAUGAGUCCGACCAGCUCCUACUCCCAAGAGGAACUCCUACCUCAACAACAGCAACAACAGCAACAACAGCAACAACAGCAACAACAGCAACAACAGCAACAUCAGCAACAACAGAACGGCCUACAACCGCAACAAUACGUCCCGGUCCGCGCAGGUUGGACCCAAGACCGCCAGAACUCUGAUAACAGCGCCCACAGCCGCGGUCUGUCCCCUAUCAUGGACUCUCCCGUCGAGAUGCCCGCUCAGCUCUCCCAGAUGGGUGGCUUCGCGCCCUCACAACCUAACCACAGCAACUCGCUCGAGCGCAGCUCCGACUACUACGAGGACGUCGAUCCGAAAUUCGCAGAGCCCGCACGACCCAAUCCGCCCGUAAUGCCCUCCAGCCUGAUGCCCGGCGGCUACGCCUUGAACCCGAACCUCCUUUCCGCGCCCGAGCGGCCGCAGCAACUCUCCGACCCCAACCUGCCGCGCACAAGCUCCUACGAGGACCUGCCCGACGGCUCGCGCAGCCCCGCAGCCAGCGAAGCCUCACACUUCACAUCUGUCUCACAGCGGCCCGUGAACCCCGCAUGGCGCCCAGAGAUGGGCGCCGCGGCAGGCAACUUCGGGCCUUACAGCGGUCCAGGCGGACCUGGCGGACGCGGACGGCCUAUGAGGCCCGAAGACGUGAUUCUGGACGCGAACGCGGCGAAUCCCGAUUUUGCCAUUCCUGGAGUGGGCAUGGGCAGGGGGAGAGGGCGAGGGAGAGGUGCGUUUCGAGGCCGUGCAAGGGGCGCGCCGCCGCCGAUCAUGAUGCAGGGCGGGUUGCAGGCGCCGGGGAGGUAUCCGGGUGCGAAUGCCAUGUGA